AUGGCAGCCAUGUCAAGCGCGGGAGUGCUGGAUGACCUCUUCCUGUGGGGAAUGACGGACCCAACGCCUCCGCUCCAGGAGCUGGGCAUGCCUUCAGCCUCUGAGCUCGAUCGAAUGUUUCAAGAGAGCCUCAGAUACGACAAUGUUGCGCGCCAGACGCCGCCCAGCUCUGCGGCGGACAAGGUUAGACUGGCCACAGGCUGUCGCAGGGCCACCUUGCGACACGUGGAUGUGGAGAGCCCGCAGCUGCAGCAAGCGCGGCAGAGCCUUGCAAGGACUCGUUUCUUCAUUCCUGCACAUUGCAGCGAUGGCAAGGAUUACCAUGCCCGGCUGGACGGGGACAUGUUGUUGGAGCCCUGCAACUAUGUUAAAUCGGGUGCCCCUUCGCGGGGAGUCAGCGUCUUUGCAGACAUCGCUGCGGCACGCCGCGUUCGCGGAAGGUCGGCACAGUCUCGUGCUGCGCUGGCGGACACCGUCCUAGAAGCAUAUGGUACUGGAGAUGGCCAGAUCAUGAACUCCGCGGAGACCAAGCUGCGCUUUGCGAGAGUUUUCGUGGGGGAGGAGGUGCCUCGUGGUAUGGGGCGAAAACCAUGGUGCUCGCCGGAAGGGGCCCGUGCCUGGACAUCGGGCGACGAGGCAAGGCAAAGGGACAGGAGCCAAAGGCAAAGACUCCUCCAUGAACGCUUUGGUGCAUAG